UUGUUUUUGCGACAAUAUUACCAGAUGGCUAUGAACCCAAAUUUUUAACUGUAGUCACUCUGUAGUUGCUCCUGUUUUGUAUGUGAAUACUGAAUGUUGACAUUCAACAUGGCGGCAUGUCGUCAGUGCUGUGCUGUGUCGUGCUUGUGUAAUUGUUAGUUUAGGACACUUUUGAAACCAAGGCUCACUGUAAAUUCCAUAAUUAAAUGCUGAAGAAAGAAACGCUAACAUAGAAAUAUUGGAACAACACAAUCACACUCAGCACGCAUUGAAGACAUCUGAGGAUUUCAAGUCAACAUUUAUCUUUUAAAUCUCCUAUGUUUUUUGAUUUACUCCUUUUAUAAAGGAUGACUGCUGUUUAAAAGGAACACAGUUAUUCUAGUGUACGCUAUAUUGAGUAAAUAUCAAACAGUUGUUAUAACACGUGCAUACGUAUGUGGAAAGUAUCAAUGGUCUAUGAUGUGCUAAGAAUUUUGUACUUGUAUUAAUUCAUAAAUCAACAUUAACUAUAUUGUUCAUUUGUAUAUUGUGUACACAAGCUUUGUGAGAAAGAGUUAGGUGAGCUAUAAAGUGACCGUGAUUGUGAUUGCGGCUGAGAUUGUGCUGCUCUUGACUAAUAAAACAUUUGUAUUUGUAUUUAAAGAGUGCCAAUUUUGCACAGAGUUGCCUGGGUACUCUUUUAUAAAUAAUUUAUGACAAACGUCAAAAUAUUUUCAAAUCCUUCCUUCCACUUCUUGGUCACAAAGAAGCCUGCAUUUCUGCAGCAUUUUUAAGAGCCUCUCUUCCUCUGUAUUAAGUUCUUGUAACAUUAUAAUAGUGAAUGAAGAUAUAAGGUACCAAGAACCAUUCUGUGAUAUCUAUGUUAACACUUAAAUAAUUGAAAAGACUAAAAAUUUCUAAAUAUAAGUAUAUAUAUAUAUAUAUAUAUAUAAAUAUAUAUAUAUUGUGGUGAAACAGAAGUGAACAUAAAAAAGAAAUUAAGUAAUUAUUUCAAGAAAAGAGGAAAACUUAUACGUAAAGAUUACAUUUAAAAUUGUGCAAAUUUGAGACAAUGUCCAACAAUCCUCAGUGGAAAACGUUCCAGCCGCCAAUCAUGAACUCUGACCCUGCAAUACUUGAUUACAAGUCUAUGACUAUACCAAGUCCUAAAGUUAUAACAGGAUCACAUCAACCAACAACUAAUAUCUACAGAAAUGGUACCAAUUAUAGUGGAGAUCAUUAUAUGAUGGAUUCACCUCCUGGAAAUGGAAAAAACACAAUACAAUAUGCUGGUUAUCCCAACACUAAGAUGUCACGUAAUGAAGUUACCAGAUUUCCUUUUGGAACAUUUACAGGAAUGGAAGGAAGCACUGGUUAUACAGAAGAGCCAACAACAAAUAACUCCACUUAUCAGGAUCAAUCUGAAAACCAAGGAACUCGAGAAACUGGAAUAAUUGAAAAAUUAUUGCAUUCAUAUGGAUUUAUACAAUGCUGUGAAAGACAAGCAAGGUUGUUCUUUCAUUUUAGCCAAUUUAGUGGUAACAUAGAACAUUUAAAAAUUGGAGAUCCUGUUGAAUUUGAAAUGACUUAUGAUCGUCGGACAGGCAAACCUAUUGCUAGUACUGUUAGUAAGAUUGCUCCAGAAGUGGUGCUAAGUGAAGAAAGAGUUACUGGAAAUGUAACAACAGAAUUGCAUACAAGUGGUGAUACACAAGGUCGUAUUAGUUAUGAAAAUCGUGGAGAAUGUUUUUUUCUGCCAUAUACAAAAGAUGAUGUUGAAGGAAAUGUUACUUUGCGUGCUGGUGAUAAAGUGUCAUUUCAAAUUGCUACUAAUCAACGAGGAAAUUUAGGUGCAUGUCAUGUAAGAUUGGAAAAUCCAGUACAUCCAGUUCGCUAUCGUGGAGUUGUAUGCUCAAUGAAAGAAAAUUUCGGCUUCAUUGAACGUGCUGACGUAGUAAAAGAGAUUUUCUUUCACUUUAGCGAAGCUAAGUCUAUGAAAGAAGAACUUAGACUGGGAGAUGAUGUAGAAUUUAUAAUACAAACUCGAAAUGGAAAAGAAGUAGCUUGUAAUAUUACUAAGCUACCACCUGGGUCAAUAGUCUUUGAAGAAGUUAGUAAUAAAAUAGUAACAGGACAAGUAUUGAAACCUCUGGAAAGGGGUACUGCAGCUCGUCAUCAAAAUGAUCCUUUACCUGGAAGAAUUCGGUAUAGAGAUACAGAACAUUCUUCAGAUACAGUUGAAAUUCCUUUUGGUGAUAAGGAUCAAAAAGGAGAUUUUACUCUUAGACAUGGGGACUGGGUCAAAUUUCGUAUUGCUACAGAUACUAGAGAUCAACUCAAAAGAGCUACUGAAAUAUUAUUAUUACCUGAAUCUUUUAAUGUAUCCGGUGAAAAACGAGAACAAGGCAUUAUAGCUGCACUAAAAGAUGGAUUUGGUUUUAUUCGUUGUGUAGAUCGAGAUACACGACUUUUCUUUCAUUUUAAUGAAGUUUUGGAUGUUGAUAGAGAAAUUAGUGUAGGGGAUGAAGUUGAAUUCACAGUAAUUCAAGAUCCUUCUUCCUCAUUUUCAAACAAUCGACAAAGUGCAAUUAGAUUAAAGCACUUACCGGCUGGUACAGUUCAAUUUGAAACAAUUAUAGAAAAAGAUUUAUUGGGUACUAUAAUUCAGAGUAUAAAUGGCGUUGUGCCUGGUCUAAUUGGAUACACAAAAGAAAAUCAACAAAAAAGUGUCAUUUUCUUUAGUAAAGAUUGUGAUCCUAAGAAUAUCCCAAGACUUGGUGAUAAGGUUCAAUUUAGUAUCUGUCAAGUAAAACGGAAUAAAGAACUUGUUGCUGUCGACAUAUCUCUAAUGAACUCUUCCGGUGAAAAAACUCAAAAUGGCAACAAAAAACUAAAUGGACAAAUUUGUCAAGGUUUUAUUGCUGCACUUAAAGAUGGAUUUGGUUUUAUUGAAACUGUAAAUCAUGAUAAAGAAAUAUUUUUUCACUUCAGUAAUUUUGAAGGGGAUGUUAAUGCUUUAGAAGUAGGAGCUGAUAUUGAAUGUACAAUCAGUUCUGGAAAUGGUAGAGGUAAUGGUGGUUGUGUAGCUGCGGAUUACGUUAAAUUGGUACCUCGUGGAAGUAUUCCUAGGCCAACACCAGUUAGUGAAGUGCUUGAUGGAACAGUUAUCAGACCUUUACGAAGUGCAAAUCCUGACCAGGCAGAGUAUGCUGGCUUAAUAAAAAUAAAUGCUACUAAUGAAGAUGAAGAUACUCCGGAAUAUGAAUUCAGAAUUAUGGGACUUGUCAAUAAACGUGAGCUGUUACAAGCUGGUGAUCCUGUACAAUUACAGGUGGAUUCAGCAGGUCAUGCUUGUAAUAUCGUAGCAGUUAGAAAAAAAAGAAGAGCAACAGUUGAUGCAGUAAAAGGCCCUUUUGGUUUUCUUGCAUAUGAAGUUGAUGAGGGUAAGAAAUUAUUUUUCCACAUGAGUGAAGUUCGAGAUCAUGCAAUACUUCAACCAGGAGAUCAGGUUGAAUUCGUUUUAAUUACGAAUCAGCGUACUGGUAAAUCAUCUGCAUGCAAUGUAACACGAUUAAGUGAUACUGUUCAACAACGACCCGAACGUUUAAUCAGUCGAUUGCGCACUACAUCUUUGGAAGAUACAGGUCCUAAAUUAACUAUAGUUAGACAACCAAGAGGGCCAGAUGGCACACGUGGAUUUAGUCAAGAAAGAUCACAGCAUACUCCUGGUGCUAUCCAAGAGUAAUGUUGUAUUGAAAGGAUUAUUGCUUAUCCAAAUUGUAAUCUACAUUACUUGUUUUUAGUCCAUACACUUCGGUACCGAGAUUAUUAUUAUUAUAAGCAUCGUAAACAUUUGCCAAAUUGAGACUAAUGUGACAACAAUAAUAACAUUGAUAAUCGAUUGGAUCAUGAUCUUGUUGAGAAAAAAAAUAUAAACUAAAAAAACAA